AUGGAGGAGGAGCAGAAGCAGCAUGGGGGCAGCAAAUUCGACAAGGACGAGGACGAGGACGAGGAGGACGAGGACGAGGACGAGGACAAGGAGGACAAGGAGGACGAGGAGGACGAGGAGGACGAGGAGGACGAGGAGGACGAGGAGGACGAGGACGAGGACGAGGAGGACGAGGAGGACGAAGAGGACGAGGAGGACGAGGAGAUCGAGAGAGUAGACGAGCGAGCGCAAGUGGAAAGCAGAGAAAGUUGGGAGAGGGGCAGGAGCAAAGGAAGGCACGAGAAGGGAGGAGAGCAGAUAGCAAUAAGACCCAUCGGGAUGUGA